UUUACGUUUUACCCCCCACCCCAUUUCUUCGAACAAAAUGAGGAUCGUUCGAAGCUCAUCGUCUCCUCUCUAUCAGCGCCGCCCUCGCUUCGCACAAAACACUGCGCGCCCAGGCUGCUCAGCUUCAUCGAACGCUGUUUCUCUCGAUCAGUUCCGAAAUCUAACGGCGCUCUUCGUAAAGAAACCCCCGAUUCGAGAACACCAAGUGACCCAAUUCCUCUUGAGCAAUCAAAGGAACCCUAAAACCGCCCUCAGGUACUUCAAAUCCGCCGUCAAAGAUGGUUUCUUUGCUCUCGACCCCUUCUGCAUCUUGCUCCACAUCCUAAUUCGAUCCGGGCGCCUCUCGAGCGCUCGAGAGCUGCUGAAGGAUUCUCUCUUGAGCGAUUCGAGCCCUGAGCCUUCGGACGUCGUGGAUAAGCUGGUCGAAACGUCGAAAAGGUGCGAUUUUGAUUUCUCUCAUCCUCGGUCGUUUGAUUCUGUGUUGGUGUGCUAUGCUCGUGCCGGGAGAGUGGACAAUGCGUUAUUGGUAUACGAUCUGAUGGUUCGAAAUGGAGUUAUUCCGGGUAUUAGAGCUAGAAAUUACUUAUUGUCUACGUUGCUUAGGAGUGAUUUUAAUGAGAGAGGCUGGGAACUUUAUGAAGGAAUGAAGGGGAAGGGGAUGGGAUUUGAUUGUUGUAGUUUUAGUAUACUGAUGCAGGCUUGCUUGAAAAAAGAUGAACUUGAAGAGGUGGAGGCAUUGUUUAGGGAUAUGAUUGAUCGUGGGUUGAAGCCCGAUAGAAUUGCUUAUUCCACAUUGAUUCAGGCUGUUUGCAGGAAACCCGAUUCGAAGAGGGCAUGUGAACUUUUGUGGGGGAUGAAAAAGGUUGGACUUGUUCCGCGGGGGUUUGUUUAUACUUGGGUUAUUGGAGCUUGUGUGAAACAAGGAAACAUGGAAGAUGCGUUGAGGGUAAAAGAUGAUAUGGUUGAGGACACUGCGACACCACUUAACUUGGUGGCUGCAACUAGUUUGAUUAAGGGUCAUAUUGAUCAAGGUGACCUAGAAAGCGCUUUGAGUUUGCUGGCUACUGUUGCUGGGCAAGGAAUAGCCCCAAAUAAUAUUACUUACUCCAUUGUACUUGAAGGUUGCUGUAGAAUGGGAAAUCCGGACAAAGCUUACGAGGUCUAUUGCCAGAUGAGAAAGGGCGGCUUGCAUCCCGACGCAUAUGUUAUGAGUUCACUGAUGCAAUGUUUUUUGAGUAGUAACAGACAAAAACAAGCAUUUGCUUUGUUUGAUGAGGCAGUCGACUUGGCUACUGCAGAUGUUUUCCAUUACAACAUCCUUAUGCAUUGGUUGUGUAAAGAGGGUAGACUGAAGGAGGCUUGUGAUUUGUGGGUUAAAAUGGAGGGUAAGGGGUUGAAGCCAAAUAUUUUUUCAUACAACCACUUGUUGUUCGGGUAUUGUAAACAAGGUGACAUGAAUGCAGCGGAUAAUUUGUUUAAACAAUUGUUAAAGAGCAGUAUCCAACCUAAUUCCAUUUCGUAUACUAAUUUAGUCGAUGGCUACAUUAAGAAGAAGGAUUUUGAUCGAGCUUGUGAUAUCAUGAAUGAAAUGCAAGAGCGGGGUGUUUCUUGUAAUGAUCAUACAUUUAAUUCUUUCAUAAAUGGCCUUUGCAAAGCUGGUCGGAUGUCUGACUUGAAUGAAGUGCUUCACCAGUUCAAGGAGCAGGGGUUUGUCCCAAGCUGUAGGACUUACAACAGUAUCAUUCACGGUUUUAUAAAAGAAGGAGAUAUGACCUCAGCAGUGUCUGUCCUUCAUGAAAUGGGUAAAGUUGGCAUUUCACCUGAUGUUGUUACAUACGCUAGUCUAAUAGAUGGUUAUGGAAGAAAUAAUUGUCCUGAUCUUGCUUUAAAAUUGUGGAACAAAGUAAGAAGGAAGGGUCUCCAAAUGGACACUGUUGUGUACACCACAGUUAUUGUUUGGUUAUGCAAGGAAGGAAAGAUGGAAGCUGCGCUUGGCCUUUUGGAUGAAAUGCCGAAAGUUGGGUUGGCACCAAACGCAGUAAUAUUUAAUAGUCUUUUUGCUGCGUAUAAAGAAGCAAAUAAUAUGGAUGCAGCAUUUGACUUGCAUAGGAGAAUGUGUAAAGAAGGAAUCCCUUGUGACACAGCUACAUAUACCACAUUAAUCGAUGGAGCAUUAAAAGUCGGUAAUUUGAUAUUUGCAUCAGAGCUCUACUCUGAGAUGUUGGAGAAUAGUAUUGUUCCAGAUGCUAUAACUUAUGCUGCCCUAACACGUGGUCUCUGUAUCAAAGGAGACUUAGAAAAUGCUCGUAAGGUCUUGGAGGAUAUGAAUGUACGCCCUAAUGCACUCAUUUAUAACAUGCUGAUAGCUUGCUAUUUCAGAGAAGGAAAUGUGCAGGAGGCCUUUAGAUUGCAUGACGAAAUGCUUGACAGAGGCCUUGUGCCUGAUGACAAAACUUAUGAUAUUCUUGUAAGCAUGGAAUAUGGAGGCAAUGAGUCCUUUGAAGGGACCUAAUGACUUAUGCUGACCGUCCUGCUUGUUACACAUUCUUUUUACUUGCAAUCGCUCCAUUGAAGGCUGGUUCAGCUGAGGAAACUCAAAUAAGUCCAGCUUGCGCUCUGCUAUGCCUCCAAAGGGGCUAAACUUGGUUAGGAGACCCCUACACCUGAGGGAGAGCCUGAGUUCGAGCCCUCACACCAUCAGGAGGACUCAUCCUUUCAAGAAACCCCCUGGGAUUUGGGGCCUACCUCAUAUCCAUCUCAAAUUCAAGAAAGCCGGCAAUGGUAUUUGAACUUAGGACUGUUGAGCAGGGAACAGACCCACCUAACCAUUCUUUCGGACCCUGAUCUGGAGCUAUUUUUCAAAGGAAAACGAUGCAGCCAAUGAAUAUCAGUUAAAGAUUUAUAAUAGGAUACAUUCUGAUAUAAAAGGAUUAUAGGUUUUUCAUUUGUUUUGGUGAGAUAGAAGCUUAUUUGGUUAAAAUAUAUUAGAAUAUAUAAAGUGGUUUUGAGCUCAUUAUGACAUAAAGCAAUUGGUAUUCAGUACUCACGAUCCUAUUUACACUGAUUUUAUACUUUUCUGGUCUUAUGAUGCUUAUUAUUUCAUGAUGCAGUGUUGAAUACUAGGCUGCAUUGAUUAAGGUUUAUAUUUAAAAUGCCAAACAUAGCUGAGUAUCCAAAGUAUCUGAUUUCCUAAGCUUUGAUUUUACC